AUGAAUGGUCAUAUUUCUAAUCAUCCCAGCGGUUUUGGAAUGUAUGGAUCUCAAAUGAAUGGCUACGGAUCACCACCCACCUUUUCCCAGAUGGACAGAGAACAAAGUUCAAAAACAAGUGCAAAGGCUCUUUAUGAACAAAGGAAGAAUUAUGCACGUGACAGUAUCAGCAGUGUAUCAGAUAUAUCCCAGUACCGUGUUGAACACUUGACUACCUUUGUUCUGGAUCGGAAAGAUGCUAUGAUAACUGUUGAUGAUGGGAUAAGGAAGCUGAAAUUGCUCGAUGCGAAGGGCAAAGUGUGGACUCAAGAUAUGAUUCUUCAAGUGGAUGACAGAGCUGUGAGCCUAAUUGAUUUAGAAUCAAAGAAUGAAUUGGAGAAUUUUCCUUUAAGUACAAUCCAGCACUGCCAAGCUGUAAUGCACUCCUGUAACUAUGACUCAAUUCUUGCUCUGGUGUGCAAAGAGCCAACUCAGAACAAGCCAGAUCUUCAUCUUUUCCAGUGUGAUGAGAUUAAGGCAAACCUAAUUACUGAAGAUAUUGAAAGUGCAAUCAGCGACAGCAAAGGAGGGAAGCAGAAGAGGCGGCCUGAUGCCCUGAGGAUGAUUUCCAAGGCAGACCCUGGUAUACCGCCUCCACCCAGAGCUCCUGCCCCGGUGCCCCCUGGGACUGUUACCCAGGUGGAUGUUAGAAGUCGGGUGGCAGCCUGGUCUGCCUGGGCAGCUGACCAAGGGGAUUUUGAGAAGCUAAGGCAGUAUCACGGGCAUGAAGAAACACCUGAGAUGAUGGCGGCCCGAAUUGACCGAGAUGUGCAAAUCUUAAACCAUAUUUUGGAUGACAUUGAAUUUUUUAUCACAAAACUCCAAAAAGCAGCUGAAGCAUUUUCUGAGCUUUCUAAAAGGAAGAAAACUAAGAAAGGUAAAAGGAAAGGACCAGGAGAGGGUGUUUUAACUCUGCGGGCAAAACCUCCACCUCCCGAUGAAUUUAUUGACUGUUUUCAAAAGUUUAAACAUGGAUUUAACCUUCUAGCCAAAUUGAAGUCCCAUAUUCAGAAUCCCAGUGCUACAGAUUUGGUUCACUUUUUAUUUACUCCAUUACAUAUGGUGGUGCAGGCAACAGGAGGUCCUGAACUAGCCAGUUCAGUACUCAGCCCCCUAUUGACUAAAGAUACAAUUGAUUUCUUAAAUUAUACUGUCAAUACAGAUGAAAGACAGCUGUGGAAGUCAUUGGGAGAAACUUGGAUGAAAGCCAGAGCAGAGUGGCCAAAAGAACAGUUUAUUGCACCGUAUGUCCCCCGGUUCCGCAGUGGCUGGGAGCCCCCCAUGCUGAACUUCAUGGGAGCUCCCAUGGAACAAGACCUCUAUCAGUUGGCUGGCACUGUGGCAAAUGUAGCAGAACAUCAACACAGGCAUGAAGCAAAAAGAUACUCCUCAGAGCAAUCCAGUGUAUCAGACUACCUUCCACCUCCACCUGAGGGGUAUGCAUUCAAUAGCAUUUACACAAGAGGGCCGCAUCUGGACCAAGGGGAUGGUGCUGCUGCUUUUAAGCCAACGCCUAAUCGCCAUGUGGAUAGAAAUUAUGAACCACAAGUAACACAACCCAAGAAAUAUGCCAAAUCCAAGUAUGACUUUGUGGCAAGGAACAACAGUGAGCUCUCAGUUCAAAAGGAUGAUAUUUUAGAGAUCCUGGAUGAUAGGAAGCAGUGGUGGAAAGUUCGAAACGCAAGCGGAGAAUCUGGAUUUGUGCCAAAUAACAUUUUGGAUAUUGUGAGACCUACAGAAUCUGGAUUAGGGCGUGCUGAUCCGCCAUACACACACACUAUACAGAAGCAAAGGAUGGAAUAUGGUCCAAAACCCACUGACCCUCCCUCUGCUCCAUCACCUCCUCCAACGCCAGCACCUGUCCCUGUCCCUGUCCCCCUCCCACCGACCACUCCAGCACCUGUUCCCGUGUCAAAGGCCCCUGCAAACGUCGCCCGUCAGAACAGCAGCUCCAGUGACAGUGGUGGCAGUUUUAUGCGAGAUAGCCAGAGGCACAAACAGCUGCCCGUGGACCGAAGAAAAUCGCAGAUGGAGGAGGUGCAGGACGAGCUCAUCCACAGGCUGACCAUUGGCCGGAGCGCCGCCCAGAAGAAGUUCCACGUGCCACGGCAGAAUGUGCCAGUUGUCAACAUCACUUAUGACUCCACACCCGAGGACGUGAAGACGUGGUUGCAGUCCAAGGGCUUCAACCCUGUGACUGUCAAUAGCCUUGGAGUAUUAAAUGGUGCACAACUCUUCUCUCUCAAUAAAGAUGAACUGAAGACAGUCUGCCCGGAAGGAGCCAGAGUCUUUAACCAAAUCACCGUACAGAAAGCCGCAUUAGAGGAUAGCAGCGGCAGUUCUGAAUUGCAAGAAAUCAUGCGAAGACGACAGGAAAAAAUCAGUGCUGCGGCUAGUGAUUCAGGAGUGGAAUCUUUUGAUGAAGGAAGCAGUCACUAA